AUGGCCGCCUUCAACAAGCAAAAAGAGUCCUGUCUUUCUCAAGUAGAUCUCAGCAAAAAAGGGAGCAUAGAUGACCAAAUAAUUGAUUUAGUGCAGUACAUAAAUGCUCAAGAAAACUUUUUUACUACCAGUUCUUGCUCAGGAAGGAUAUCUGUUUUCUCCGAGGUUAGUGAAAUAAAGGAAUAUUUUUGGUCCCUUUAGCCUUUAGCCUCGGGUAAAGACAGAGUGUAUUAUGAAGUAAAUCUGGUCACGUCACUCUUGUCCCUCUGUAGAUUUCCAUAUGACAAGGGAAAGGAUAUAUAUGGUUGGCAGUAAAUCACGGACCAUUGUUCUUGAUUGUUCUUCGUACCUUCAGCGGUAUCCAGUUUAACUCGUUCAAGAGGUUGAUAACUGUUCCUGGUUCCUGCAUUACAGUUUUCAAUGAAGCAUGCAGCUCUUCUUUGUACUCCCUCUAUUUGUUUGACAUAUUUUUUAAGUGCGGGUCCCAAACUGAACUGGCAUAUUCCACAGGAGGCCACACCAGGGCUUUGUAGGCUGCUUCUUUCACUCCCUUGGGGCAUAUUUGCUUGCCAGUGAGUUCUUGUUAUGGUUGUUAUACUUUGUAUUAAAAACAGGUACAGCACACAGUAUUUACCUUCAUCAGCUAGCAGUUGCAUUUUUUCUUUACUUCUAUCACCAAAUCUAUUUGCAGACAAUGCAUUUAUAUUUUUAACAUUAUAGCUAACACUUAACACCUCAACUUAAGCAGUAGUUAUUACGUUAAUUUUAUUUCCAGGAAAAGCCUCCAGUUUAUUAUAACUAUUUGUUAUUUCAGCUUGCAGAUCAGAGAAAAAGGCAUUGUGAGUGGUUGUAUGUUACCCACAGUACUGCUCAUGAGGAUGAAUUAGUAAGUAAAUAACAUAACAAAACAAAGUUGUCCAAGCUCUUGAAAACAGGAUCUGAAAGUAUAUGAUGCAAGGCUGUCAACCCCCAUGUCUUCAAAUAUUGAGAAUUGAUAGGGAACUAAGAGAAGGGAUAACAGAUCACAUCUUAAUGCACAGAACAUGACAUCAUUUGUGCAAAAAAUGCUAGUAGAUUCCAAUCACCACAAAUUUGCGAUGGCACAGAAUGCUUGAAAAAGGUGUUGUUAGCAUAGUAACAUUUGACCUAAUUGGCUUACUUCCCACCAAUCAAGUUACAAUGGCAUACUGGAAUUUAUGAGGAAACGUUCGAUGUUAACGUUAAAAUAGCUCAAACAAUGCAAAAUAGUUGAAAUUUUUAAUAUCGUUGGAAAGUCGAGUCUUCUGAAAUGAAGAAAUGGCAAACUUCGGCGAUUAUCUAGGAGAUUUCAUCCUCUAAUCUGGAGACUGGGAAAUACGUCCAAAAUCUGGAGUCUCGCACAUUAUCCGGGAGACUCAAAAUUAAUUUCUGGUUUAAAUUUCAGGUUUAAAUAUGUUAACCCAGGUUGGUGCCUUUUGUCUCAUAGCCCAAAUGCAUGAAUAAUAUAAUAAUAGAGCUAGGAGACAAAUGGACCCAGUUUAAAAAAUUUUUCCAUAAAUUUAACUUUGACCUUAAAUAACGUGACUUGUGCACCACUAGUCUAGUUGUGCAUCUUGUUGGUGGUUCCCAGAUAGCCAGUGAUUCCAAGGCAUAUUUUUUAUUGGCUCACCAUUUAUUGUUUCUUAAUACUGUUUGUAGCUGAAUUCCUUACAGCACUGUCAAGGAAGUGCAGUUUUCAAGUUUGAACCAUUUGUUUUGCAUGUGCAGUGUAAAGACCUUGAGAGUGGUCAGCAAAUGGUGAGUAGACAGGGAUUUUAAGAUAAACUAAGGUGGCUACUAGGAUUCCUUUUUUUACAGUAGUCCAAACCAGCUAGAGGCCAUGAAGACUAGAAAUCUAGAUCCUUUGAAUGUAAGGCUUUGAGCAUUCUCAGCCACAAAUAGAGACUUGGUGCUUGUGAUGAUUUUAAUUUUUUUAAUGAAUUCCGAGAUGAUGACAUUAUUAAUUCAAAACAGCUGUUGCUGGCCAUUUUGCCACAAAACCACAAAAAUGUAGGCCUUUGCCAAAUGUUACUUUGGUUAUUCCUAUGUAAAGCAUUUUAUCUGGGCUGUCCAAAUGAUGGAGAAUGGAGUUUAAAUCAAGAAUAACAGUAGUUUUGUUGUAGUUGUACAGUUGCUUCCUCCAUUUAUAAAUAGUUUGUUAAAAAUUAUUAUUAUUAGUUAUAAAUCUCAGAAAGGAUAAAUCAUAGUAGGGAGGCCCUUGAGGUCAGUGUCAUGACUGGCGUUUUGCAAUAUAUACCAUUAAAUUAUAAUAACAUUUCACAAGAAACAGGAAUUUAGGAUUUAAUUACUCAGAUAUGGAAAAGAUCAAAACAAAAUAUGCUAUUAAAAAGGGAACUUGCAGAGUGCUGUUGUGUGAGUUACCUGUAAAAAAAAUCAAAUUGCAUCAUUUUACAUGGAUUUUUUUAUAAUUUUUAUUUCUAUAAUUUAAUUUCAUUUUUUAUAUGAAUAAAUAAAUUAAAUUAUUUAUUUAUAUUUCAUUUAGCUCAAAGCUGCCCUUGUAUCUGGUUUUAAAAAUUCUGGAAUUGUUAUCGGAAGGAAGGCUAAUGUCAUAUUGGUGAGUUUAAGAACUAUUUAAAGCCAAAAAUUCUUGAGGUCCAUCACUGGCAAGCAAUUUUGUUCUUUACAAUCAAUUGACAACAGACUCAGAUUUUCAGAUAAAACAACUUGUAAUUUAACUGGUCAUUACACGUAAGGGAAGCCAUUAGAUGAAAUUUAUUUUUCAUUUCCCCCCUCUCAUCAUGUAAAAGGCUGUUGUGAUUGUUUUGAGCAUGUGUUAUCUUUGGGUCCCAGGCAGAGGAAAAUCUCAAACUUUCAAGCCCUUAAGUUAGACUACAAAAAGGUAAAAGUAUGUUGGUUACGUCAAGUUAAAAAAAAGUUAAAACAUAUUUUUUGUAGGCUGUAAGGAGUACUCAAAGCUUGGAAGUUCCACUUGUUCAUGAUGGAGAACUUUUAGUCCCUGAAAAGGUAACUAAAUUAACAUUACCCUGCCCAAAUUCCUUCCCAAAAUAAUAUUGUCUUUCCAGAAUUAAAAAGACUGGACGGUUAAGAUGGAAUCCAUCAGGAAAUUAAAUAAUCUUAAUUUUCAGGGGACAAAAGCCUUGUACCAGAAUAUUUUAAAUAAUAUUGCAUUCCUUUUUUAAGAUUUAUACCCUGUUGAGGACAACACCCUCAAUUUUAAUACCUUGCUUAGGAUAAAGGACAAAAUGCACACCGUCUUGUUUUAAGGUCAUUUAUUGGCAAUUGCAAUAAUGGAGCAAGUUCACGUUAUAGUUAUUGCGUCUGUAUACUUAGAGUACAAAGCAACUCAAAAUGUAAUUAAUUGUGCAGGCAAUACCCCGUUUAUAAUUAGGACAGACUCGCAUGAAUUAUUAUUAUAUACCCUGUUUGGGACAGAGAGUACAAAACCCAUACCCUGUUCAAUGACACAUCCCUGUAUAUGGUAUAGGCCUUAUAAGCGAUAACAGUCUUUUGAGAGGCAGGGGCACACCACCACCUAGAAAAUGCAGCUAUGGAAACCUUCUACUGAGGGGGACAUACACAGGAAAAAAUAACGGAUUCCCAUUUUUGGAUAUUUAAGGGUAUUUAAAGAAUACCCAUAAAAAUCCCAAAUUUGGCAAAGUGAGACAAGUCCCAACCAGGGAAUUCCCAACUAAGUUCCCUGAUUGGGACUUGUCUCACUCUUCCAAAUUUGGGAUUUUUGUGGGUAUUCUUUAAAUACCCUAAAAUAUCCAAAAAUGGGAAUUGGUUAUUUUUUCCUGUGAUAUAGUGAUUUUACUUCCAUGCUCUGCUUUGUGUUGAAAAUAAUGUCAAGUUUCUUAGAGUGAUAACUAUAUUUUAUGAAAAUUUUCCCAUCUUAGUAUGUUAAGUUCCUGGUGAAUAUUGCCAACAAGAAGCUUGAAGAGAAUCAGAUGAGAAAAGAUAGGUAUGUGUAUUUUUGCAUGGAAAAACCAAAAAUAAAUGAACACUGCCUAGUGAACCAAAGACUGUACUUGUUGACUUUCUUCACUUUCAAACUAUAAUAAUAAGUUGCAUGUGACUGUUGCUGUGUGUGUGGAACCAUCAGAGAGGUGAACUGACAUCCUUCAAGUUACAUUUUUAUGGAAGCUCAUGCACCCCACACCCUUCUUUCCUGUUGAUUAUUGAGAAAAUUUCCUUAGAUGCAGUGGUAUAUUUUCAAAGCACAUUUUUCUGGAAAACUAAUGUGCUCCUGCUUUUUAAGUUCAACCAACAGGCCAUAUUGUCAAUGGCUUGCACUUAUACAGAAAUAUUUAAUAACUUGUUUUUCAGGUUUUUCAGAAAUCUUUGCAACAUAUUGCAUGAAUGUGAUAGCAGUGCUACUCCUGAAAAUCCAGGUACAAAUGAAGGGGUAGCAGUAAUAUUGUACCAUCAAAGUCAUGGUUUUGGAAAAUAUUUUUGCAAGCUCUACAUCUCAAAGCAUUAUUUGUGAUGGGUCUCAAAUGCCAUUUUUUUUUUUUGCCUGUUUCUUUCUGCCUCUGGGUCUCAACCGUUUACCAUAAUGUUUUUUUUUUAUUUCAAAACUGGCAUUUCGUUAUCUUUGGCCAGUCUCAGAUUUUUUAUCCCUAAAUAAUUAGCCUGUGAGCAGGCUCACUUUUGCGAGCUUGGGGAAAAGUUUUGGCAGUGGACUCACAAAUGGGCUGACGAAAAGGCUCAUUUUUCCUUGCUGGGUGGCUCCGCUACCAAAAUAAUUUUCCCCAAAUUGCACAAAUGAGCUUGCAUGCAGGCUACUUGUUUGAGUCUUAUUAUUAAUUUUAAUAAUAAGACUCAAACAAUAAUGUUACACUUGCUUUACAAGAUCCUAAAUGCAACAAAAGUCAGAGAACAAGGAAACAAAAUCAGAAACCUGUUUUUAGUAAACCUAUGCCCAACAUUUCACAGGAACCAGUUUGCUUGCAAAAAGAGACUGUUUCACCAUAAUUGAAUAAUAAUAAUAAUAAUAAUAAUAAUAAUAAUUAAAAAUAGAUAAUUUAUUAAUAUAAAUAAAACCGUUACUAGACAUAAUUAUAAAUUAAUAUAUUUCUUAAAAAUUAAGCUUAACAAUUUCACGUGCUCACUAAAGGUUCUAACAAAUUUGAUUGCCUGAUUACGGAGAUGCCCUUUAUAAGAAAACUCAAACCAUCCCUAAACGUGCGGGCGGACUCGAUUCGCGCAAAGGUAUUCACUUGGAGAACUUGUGAUCCUUUGUUAUUAUGUUAAUUCGUAGAGACUAUAGAAAUCAAAUCUUCGCAUUAUUUAUUCAUUUUGCCUUGAGAAUGGUGUCAUGAUGAUACCAAAACGUCGGCUUUUAAUGUUAAUAUUCGCUUGCUUAUGUAAUAUGAAAUAAAUGUAUUUUAUUAAUGUUAAAUUCCCUUUUUUCUUUUCUUCAGGCAGAAAACAGAAAAGAAAAGCUGCCAGACAAGACAAAGAAGUGGUACUUGCUGCCACCAACGGCACAUCUCAACAAAUAUCUUUUGACUCUUCUGAACUGUGUAAUGAUGAGGAUGUAAUGGACUGCUUGGUCUCUUUUUAUGGCGAUGUACCAUAACAAAAGCAUUGCACAGAGUUGCAACUAUUAACUACUCAUAAAGAAGCACUGCCGCUGGAUGAGUGCCCACACUGGACAGACAGCUGUUGUCUACAGACAGUCAGGAGAAUAAUGUUUAGCUGAUCGUGGUGAAAUCAAUCCCAGAUUGGAAAGCACGAACAUCGGUGAAUUUGGUUUACAGGACUACAGUGUAUCCCUUUAAGACAG